ACACAAUCACCAUCCAAACCGACGUCGCGCUGCAGAGACCAAAUUCAAAUUCUGACAACUUCUUGUCUGCUGCAAAAUAUUGAGACACACAACUCACUCCAGGGUAUGAUGUCACCAACAUCAACUGGGCAGAGAACAUAAAGAAAACCGAAUCAGUCGACAAGUUUAAUUUGUCUGAAACUUUUUUGAUUUACAGUUAAAAAAAAAUUUAAUAUGAAGAAUUUUUGUUUUACUUUUGUAAAAAGGAUGAAAAAAAAAUGAACAGCAUUAAAUUCCUCAUAUGUUAACUAUAGGGCUGCAACUAGCUGCUAUUUUAAUUUUCAUUAUCAGUUAAUCUGUCGAUCAUUUUCUCGUUUAAUCGAUUAGUUGUUUGGUCCAUAAAAUCACAACCGUGUUUCCCAAAAACUCCAACACCAAAGAUAUUUAGUUUACUGUCACUGUUUAAAUAAUCACAUUUAAGAAAGCUGAUUAUUCUCAGCUUAUUCUCCCCAUAAAAACAACUUAAUCCGACUAGUCGAUGAUCAAAGAAGUCGCCGAUUAAUUCAGUGUUCGAUUUCCUAAUCGAUGAACUGCUGCAGCUCUAUUCCAAAGCCCCCCCCCCUCUAAAUGUUUUUCUGAACCCCUGCACCACAGCGACCAUCUGCUGCGUGUUGAAUUGAGAGCACUUGACUUGUGUCAAUAACUUUUAACGGUCAAAAUUUGGCUCCUCCGAGGCAGAACGCCUCUAAUGAGCCUCUCUGGCAAACAGGGGAUCGCUGGCGGCACCUUCCAGGGACGAGGCCCCGAGGUGUUGGUGCUGGUGGUGGCUUUGCCGCCGCGAUGUGAAUUUUCCGCCGGGCUUGAAAUGUUACACCUUCCCUCUGCAGCUGGGCUGCAUCUGCAACGCUGUCGUCUCCACCGUAAAAAUUGGGCCUGCGUGCUCCCAACAAGUGGUCGCCCUCCUUUUUCCUCCCCCCCCCGCACGGUUUGACCAAACAUAAACACGUCUCUCUUUGAUAUUUAUGUCUUCAUAGCAAAUUGUCCCCCCCCCCGUGACGCGGGAUGAAUCAAGCAGAGAAUGAAUGUGCACUUUAUGACGAUUUAACAAAAAGAAAAAAAAGGGGUCAUGUCGUGUUCGCCCAGCGCCCCUGAAAACAUUCCCGUGCCGCGGAUUCACUCGUGGCCUUGCAGGACGAGCGAGGGGGGGGGCUGUUGGGGAGGAGAAGGGUGGUGAUGAGUGGGAAAACACCCGUGAGUGCAGAUGUGGGAAUCUCCGCAGGGUACUGAGGGGGUGAGAGGCAGCGGUUUGGGGAUGGGGCAGGGAGGGAGUCGAGCUAACCCCAGCCUGCCUUCUGGCUGGGCCAAUGGGCCAUGGUAAUUAGAGCUGGCCAAUGUGGGCCCUGGGCUCUGGCCUGGGGGCAUAUAAGGGGGGCCUGGGGCAACAGACCCCUCAUAUCACUCAGAGGUCUCCUCUCUCUCACCCCGCUCGCUCCUCCACCCUGCGUCCUUCCCCUCCUCUCUUCCUGCGCCCGCCACACUCCGUUUUCCUCCGACAGGCCAUGGACGUCUUCUCCCCGUCCCAGGUCUACUACGACAGGGCGUGCGCCUCGUCCCCGGACAGCCUGGAGUUCGGCGGCGGCAUGGAGCUCGACGGCUCCGACGAGGACGAACACGUCCGGGUGCCCGGCUCCUCGCCGCACCAGCCGGGCCACUGCCUGCAGUGGGCCUGCAAGGCCUGCAAGCGCAAGUCCAGCUUCGUGGACCGCCGGCGGGCCGCCACCAUGCGCGAGCGCCGGCGGCUGAAGAAGGUCAACCACGCGUUCGAGGCGCUGCGCCGCUGCACCUCGGCCAACCCCAGCCAGCGGCUGCCCAAGGUGGAGAUCCUGCGCAACGCCAUCCAGUACAUCGAGAGCCUGCAGGACUUGCUACAGGAGCAGGUGGAGAACUACUACGGCCUUCCCGGGGAGAGCAGCUCCGAGCCUGGGAGCCCGCUCUCCAGCUGCUCUGACGGCAUGGCCGGCAGCAGCAGUCCACUGUGGCAACAUCUGAACGCAAACUACAGCAGCAGCUAUUCGUACGCAAAGAAUGACAGUGUGGGCGACAGAGCGGCCGGCGCCUCCAGCCUCCAGUGUCUCUCCAGCAUCGUGGACCGCCUCUCCGCCGCGGAGUCCGGCUGCGGGCCGGCCGCCCUGAGGGACGCGGCCACCUUCUCCCCCGGCAGCGCCGACUCGCAGCCCCGCACGCCGGAGAGCCCCGGCUCCCGGCCCGUGUACCACGUCCUCUGAAGGAGCCAUCUCCCGUAUGCCACGGGCGGGCUCGCCGCGCCGCCGACGAGGCGGCUGCAUUUGCAACGAGAAGAGAUUAAGAACUGAUUUUUUUUUUCUUUUUUCGUUGGUGCCGUAAACGUGGACGGAAGACGCAGCAGGAUCCCGACGACCCUCUGUGGCAAGAAGGCUUUUAAUCUUGUACAUGAGACUGUAAAUAUGUAAUGUAAAUUGCCCCAUUUAUUCUAUACACGCUGUUGUAACCGCCGAGACAUAUUUAAUUAUAAAAUUGUAAUGUUGCAUUAUCCCGACACUAAGUGGUAUUUAUGCAGUUAUUUCGUAUACUUUUUUUUCAUGUUGUCGUGAGCAUUAAAUCUUUCAUUGCUACGUA